AAGGUAAGAAUGAAAAAUGAAAGUAUGUUACAUGUUAAAGUGCUUUAUCAGUGGUAAACUAGAGUUAUGCGAUGAUGCUGGACAAAAUGAUGGAAAUUCAUUCAUUUUAACCAUUAUUAACAUUUAACUUUGGAUUUUGUUUUUGUAUUGACCAAGGAAUGACAGCUUUUACUGCAUUUACUUUUCCAAGGUUAUUUUUCCAGUUCUCUACAGAGGCCUACUGAGAAGGAACAUGAAAGCACAGCUUUUACUUCAUCUACUUUUCCAAGCUGUUCUGCUGUUUGAUACUUCAGCAUGGGAAGUGAAAAUGCCAAAAGACAUACGAGGCCUACAGGGUUCCUGUCUGGUUAUACCAUGUUCUUUCUCUUACUCAUCAUACCCACCUGAAAACCCACGUAGAGUUGUGUGGUAUCAGUGGGUCUCUAAAGGUUAUCCUUUAGUUUAUGAUCCUCUGCAUGCAGACGAUGUGAUUGAGAUGUUUAGAGGAAAAACGUUUUUAUAUGGAAACCCAUCAAACGGAGAUUGCAGUCUGCUGAUCACAAAUCUGGAAAAGUCCCAUAAUGAAGAGAAAUUGUAUGCAUGGAUUGACCCUGAAAACAUUGGAUGGCGCACCUAUGCAUUUUAUGAUGUCACCUCCACAAUUCUAGUUGAUGCAAGUCCACAACAACCCAGCAUCAGUAUUUAUGGAGGUGAAAGGAUGGGUGAGACUAUUACAAUGACAUGUUCAACUUUCCACACAUGUCCAUACAGCAAACCAAGCAUCAUUCUGAAAGGUCCAGAAGGAACUGAUAAAUUAGUCAAUGAGCACAUUAAAGACGGCCUGUGGAAUAUCACUCUGACACGCACAGGCGUUAUAGAGACAGAAAUUUCAACUAUUGAGUGUUCUGUAACACAUCACGGUGGCAUAACAGUGACAGCUACAAAAGACAAAAGUGCCAAAUGUGUUCAUCAAAAAAUAACAAUUGAGCCUGAACUGGCAGAUUUCACAGAGGGCGUCGCAAAGAACUUCAUUUGUUCCGUCUAUCAUUCCUGCCAGAAAGAGACUCCAACCAUCACAUGGAACUAUAAGAACAUGAGGGUCUCAACAUGGAGCAAAACGCUUUCCAGUUUAGAUCGGGUCACCUAUUCCAACAUAACCUUUCUGGGUUCAAAAGACGACCAUGAGAAGAAACUGAUUUGCACCGUAAAAUUUUCUGGAAAAGACAUUACGGCUUCUGUUGUUUUACAUGUGCAAUAUCCAUUGCUUAUUGGCAUGAAGACUAUUGGUCUGUAUAUCCUGGCACCUUCACUUGUGUUCCUCCUGACUUGCAUAAUUGCUGGAGUCAUCAUUUACAAGAAGCGACAAAGGUCAAAAAAUGCAUGUACGGUGUUAGGAAAUGCACCUUUCUCCAAACCUCAUAUGCCAUCACCAAAGAGUGACCCAAAAUCCUACUAUAGUAAUGAUUAUGAAGCUGAGUAUGCUGAAAUGGACGAACUCAACAUGUAUGAAAAUAUCUGAUGAAAAUGCUAUACAUCAAACAACUAAAAUGGGCUCAAUACGGUUUUUAAUAAUUAAUAAUUAUAGAAUUUGUCAUGCAUAUUAUGUAGCAUCAAGAUAUAAUAACUUCAAACAAUAAUUCUUUAAUUAAAUUUCCUUUAUACUAUAUGCAUCAUUCUUUGGAAUUUCAGAUCUAUUGGGCAGGUUAAUUAAGAAAACAACUGUUCUGUGUCACAUGCUGUUUUUUCAGUUUCAUGUUCAAGGACUUUUAGUUUGUCUUUAUUAUUUCCUGUGUUUCCUUUGUUGUAAUGGUUACUCAGUAUAUUUUCAUUGGUUGUCAUGGUGAUUCAUUGGUUCAUUGAUUAUCUCACACCUGUUUCUUAUACAGUUCAUUAUCUUGUGUAUAUAUUGCCCUUAGUUAGUUCAGUUUUUUGUCUAGUGUUGAAUGUGUAUUAGCACACUGUUUUCUUUAUUUCUCAUUAUCGGAUAACAUGCUUUUGUUUUAUUUACUUAUCAAAUGUUUAAGCUGUAUUAGAUCCGUUUUGCCUCACCUCAUCUUCUUCAUCUGCCUGUAUCUUUUGUUUUCAUCCAAAGCCUGGGAAUUUAAUUUAUGUGCAAAAUUGGAAUAUUGCAUAAAACAUUUGCGAUAAAGCACUGUUUUUCAUCCAGCGAGGUAAAGAGAACCUUAUCGUCACUUCCUGACAAACUGGCUGACAAACUGUUGGUCUUUUUUCAUAUAUAAUAUUUUAAUUGUGCCUCAGAGCACAGACGAAAUGCAAUAAAUGUAUUUGUAUCCACCUCAA